GGGGUGCUAAAGGAGGGCGCAGCUGUGCAUGGGGGCAUCCGCCCCACGCGUGCCAUGUGUGUGUGGAGAGAUGAGGAGCUGCUUCCCCCUGCCCUGGGGGAGGCCCUGGGGUGCCCUUGAGGUGUGGGAAUUCCCAGGGGCCCGAAGCACCCAGCAGCUAUGGGUGGGGGUUUGGCUAAGGAGGAGCCUAGUCUUCCCUUGCCAUUUCAGGGUUGGAACGGUGGGAUUUGGCCUUGCUGUGCUUUGGCCGGAGCAGCUGUCCAGUGACGCCACCCCAGCUGCUGACUGGUUUUACUGGGUAGCUGCAGGGAGGUUUCACAGGGUGCUGUGAUGGCCGUCUGGGCUGCUGCCUCCACUGCAUCCUGGUCUUUUGCCCCCCUCAGCAUCACUAGGACCCUCUCGGGGGCUGCAGGGGCUUGCAGAAGGGAGAAGAUGAAGCCCCUUGCCAGUGCCUCCCAGCCCAGGGGCCGGCAGAGCCGUGUUCGUGGUGUAGGGGCCCGAGUGGACCGGACGGAUGGGCAGCGGCUGGCGAGGCUGCCCGUGUGCCCCUGCCCGCCGGGGGCCCCCCCGCCAUGGCCAUCGUGCAGACGCUGCCGGUGCCCCUCGAGGCCGCCGCUGAGGGGGCCACACAGCUCCGUGCCUCUGCCCGCUCGCCCUCUGCCACCAUGGGCAGUGUUGGCAGCCUCCUGCCCAGCCGGCCCUGCCAUGACCGUGCUGGAGAGCCCUGCGAUGGAGGGCUCCCUGCCACCUCCUUCCGCAAGCAGGAGGGGCUGCUCCGGGUGACCCCCAGGGACCCCCCAUCCCCUGAGGAGCCCUGUGUACCCAUGCCUGGUGUCACCCACGCCUAUGCCAACGGGGGCUUCUGCAACGACUGGCUCGACACCUCCUCUCCCAUCAGCCCAUGCAGUGACUCGGAUGAGCCCCACGAUGACCAAGCCCCAAGCGAUCUCCUCCGGGGACCACCUCCCAAGCUGGUCCCUGUCUCUGGCAAGCUGGAGGAGAACGUGGAGAAGACCCUGAUCCGCCCCAUGGCCUUCAAGCCAGUGGUACCCAAGCUCCGGAGCACCCAGCCGAGUGUGCGUCCGGGGCUCUCGGAGAGCCAGGUGAGCCUCACCCACCUGCUGGUUGCCGAGAAGCCUGGCUCCCUGAGCUGCCGUGCCAGCACCCUCUCGGACUCAGGACGCAACUCCCUCUCCAGCCUGCCCACCUACAGCACGGGUGGCAGCCAGCACCCCGAGGUGGGCACCCUGCCCACCACCCCUCAUGGUCCCCCUGAUGCCCUGGGGGGCUGCCGCCCCUCCAACUCGGACAGCGGGCGCUCGUCCUCCAGCAAGAGCACGGGCUCACUGAGUGGCCGCGGCCGGCCCUCCUCUGAGAGUGGCUCCUGCGGGCGCUCGCCCCUGCCUGGCGAGGAGGCCAUGUUGGUGCGGGAGCUGGAGGACAAGCUGCGGGAGAGGGAGGCAGAGCUGCAGCUCCUGCGUGACAGUCUGGAUGAGAACGAGGUGGCCAUCUGCCAGGUGUAUGAGGAGAAGCACCGGCGCUGCGAGCAGGAGCUGGAGGGGCUGCGGCAGCGCUGUGCGGCCCAGGCACGGCAGGCGGCCCAGGCAGCACAGCGAGGGCAGCAGGUUCUGCAGCUUCAGGUGCUGCAGCUGCAGCAGGAAAAGAAGCAGCUGCAGGAGGACGUUGCUCAGCUGCUGCAGGAGCGGGAGCUGCUGGAGCGUCGCUGCGCCUCCUUCCAACGCGAGCGCACUGAGCUGGCACCCCGACUGGAGGAGACCAAGUGGGAGGUGUGCCAGAAGUCAGGGGAGAUCUCACUGCUGAAGCAGCAGCUGAAGGAGGCGCAGGCAGAGCUAGCGCAGCGAGGCGCUGAGCUGCUGGGGCUGCGGGCUCAGCUGCGGGAGGCACGGGCACAACUGCAGGUGGGCGAGCGGCGGGCACAGGGGCUGCAGGAAGCCGCCCGCCUGAAGGCGCUGGAGCUGGAGGUCUGUGCCAACGAACUUCAGCGCCGCAAGAGCGAGGCCGACCUCUUCCGUGCCAAAGCUGGCCGGCUUGAGCAGGAGGUGGCGGGGCUGCGGGAAGCCACCCGUGGGCGAUGCCCGCCACCCAGUGAGGGGUGCCCCCCACCUGGCGAGGGUUGCUCCCAACCCAGUGAGGAGUCCCAGGGCAAUGUGGGACUGCAGCGGCAGCUGGAGCGUCUGCGGGCGGAGGUGGCCCUGGAGCGGCGGCGUGGGCAGGAGCAGCGGGACGCCUUCGAGCAGGAGCGCAGCACAUGGCAGGGUGAGAAGGAGCGGGUCAUCCGCUACCAGAAGCAGCUGCAAUAUAGUUAUAUCCAGAUGUACCGCCGCAACCGGCGGCUUGAGCAGCGGCUCCAGCAUCUCCGGCUCCAGGGUGAGGACCCACCACCUGAGCCCUGCAACCCCUCUGGCCCCGACCCACCCUUCGAGGAGAUCACGGCCACCGAGAUCUGAG